GCGGAGCUGCCGUUGCCGCCGCCGAGGGCCGGGGCCUUGGACGCGUCCGGCGAAGAGCGCAGGAGGAGAAGGAAGGGGAAGCGGGGGGAGCCAGCCGGCCCCUCUCGGAGGACGCGGCCCGCAUCCGCCCAGGGAAGGGCAGAGGGAAGCGGAGGGGGAGCGAGCGGGCGCCGCCGCCGAGGAGACAAAGAAGCGGAGCCCGCCUGGGCUGGGAGCCUCCCCGCCGCCGCCGCCCGCCCCGCUCCGCUCCCCGCCGGCCGGCCGGAGGUGGUGGUGUAUAGAACUUUGUUGUAGAGUCCUGCCUUUCACUGCCUGGAUCCUUUUAACAGUGUGUCAAAGAAGGACUCCAUGAAAGAUGACAGAAGAAGUUAUUGUUAUUGCAAAGUGGGAUUACACUGCACAGCAGGACCAAGAACUUGACAUCAAGAAAAAUGAGCGUCUUUGGCUAUUAGAUGAUUCUAAGACAUGGUGGAGGGUAAGAAACGCGGCCAACAAAACGGGAUAUGUGCCAUCAAAUUAUGUGGAGCGAAAAAACAGCUUGAAGAAAGGUUCUCUGGUUAAAAAUCUAAAAGACACACUGGGCUUGGGAAAAACCAAGAGAAAGACGAGUGCGAGAGACGCCUCCCCCACUCCCAGCACAGACGCAGAGUACCCUUCCAACGGCAGCAGCGCCGACCGGAUUUACGAUCUGAACAUUCCCGCCUACGUGAAAUUUGCCUACGUUGCCGAGAGGGAGGAUGAGCUGUCCCUCGUUAAAGGGUCCCGAGUGAUUGUCAUGGAGAAGUGCAGCGACGGCUGGUGGAGAGGGAGCUACAAUGGACAGAUCGGCUGGUUCCCCUCGAACUAUGUGGUAGAGGAGGUUGAGGAGGCAACUGCAGAUUCACCCAGCUUCCUCAGCCUUAGGAAAGGCGCUUCCAUGAGUAACGGCCAGGGCACCAAAGUACUCCACAUCGUUCAGACACUGUACCCAUUCAGCUCGGUCACGGAUGAAGAGCUCAAUUUUGAAAAAGGGGAAACGAUGGAAGUCAUUGAAAAGCCAGAAAAUGACCCAGAAUGGUGGAAAUGUAAAAAUUCCAGAGGUCAAAUCGGUCUUGUUCCUAAAAACUAUGUAGUAAUCAUUAGUGAUGGUCCUUCCAUGAACACUUCCCAUCCACCUCAGAUAAGCUACACGGGACCAUCUUCUACCGGACGAUUUGCUGGAAGAGAGUGGUAUUACGGGAACGUUACCCGGCACCAAGCAGAAUGUGCCCUGAACGAGAGGGGAGUGGAAGGAGAUUUCCUUGUUAGAGACAGUGAAUCUUCGCCCAGUGACUUCUCAGUAUCUCUAAAGGCAUCGGGGAAGAACAAACAUUUCAAGGUGCAGCUCGUGGACAAUGUCUAUUGUAUUGGGCAGCGGCGAUUUAAUACUAUGGAUGAGUUGGUGGAACACUACAAAAAGGCUCCCAUCUUCACCAGUGAACACGGGGAAAAGCUAUAUCUUGUGAAAGCACUUCAGUGACGUUGAAGAUGGACUUGGCCACCUGGGCCUCUUAUAACUUACAAGCCUUAGGUCCUAAAUUCACUUUUAUAGAGCAGAGCAAUAUCUGAAGCAGGCUUAAGGAAUAGGCUCUUUCUAAAGUGUUUGCUCUGUCAGUUGCUGUUUGUCCUUUUAUUUUUUUGUUUGCCUCUCUUUGUGUUCCAGUUUUGUUAACCUCUGACCACCUCUCUUCAGGUUGAGAGUUUCCCUUGGGCGGCCGUGGCGAGCACUCACCUUCCCAGCAGAGUUCAAAACGCCCCUCUCCUGUGUACGUUUACAUAGUUAGCUCAGAUCAAGGAGGGGCGUUUUCAAUUCAAACCAGUGUUAAUCUGUUCAGACUGCUCAUGCAGGCAGAACUCUCCCUUCAGAGACAUCGGGCACAGUUUGAAUGCACUGAAGCUGCAGCUGCUUAAGUGAGAGAGAGUAGACAUAACAGUUGUGGCUGUGAGUUCUGUAGCUCUAUCGCUUACCGAGUAGGAUAAUACAAAACCUCCUAGUUCCUAGAAGCACUCUUUACACUGUACUCUGCUGUUACAUUGCCUCUCUGACUCUUCGUAAAGAGUACACUAAUUAAAAGCAUUUUGUAAUAGUACUUCUUAAACUACUAUGGUAAGAUUGUAGUAAAAGAAAACUAGUGUAUUUUGGUCUGUAAUUGCAACAAAGAGAAAUUUUAUUUGAAAGUUGAUUACUAGAGAAAGAAUAAUUGAAUUGUAAAGGCUGAAUGUUUUGGUAAUCUACAACCAAAUGUGCCAUCCACAUAAUGCUUUUUCCUCUUGCCCUUCUGCUUGUUUGAAUUAAACGAUUAUGUAUUUAAUUCUCAAAGUAAUAUGUAUCUGUAGCUGAUUGUUGACACUAAUACAGAAGAUUAAUAAAAACUGAUCUUGGGACAGGGUGGGGCGGGCUACCAACACUAUAUAUAUAUUUGCUUUACAGAAAGAAAUCUUCGGGUUUUACAGAGGAUGGCGUGGUUGGUAGGAAGAGACACACAGAAUGUUUAUGAAGAAAAUGCAUUUUUCUCUUUUCUUUACAUUUAAACUCCUUUAUGGUUUAAAUAUACAGUCUUUAGAUGGCACAUUCCUGAGAUUGAAGAACGGAUCAUGAGAUCUCAAAAUCUUGCAUACUCAGUUUUUUGGAUAUUGUAAUAAAAAAGGUAUUACGUCA